AUCAUCAUCAUCGUCCUGCAGAAGGAUUUCAUAGGUACCUUCUGCUACGAUCGGUCGAAAUGGCUGGCGUGAUAAAGAAGACGACCGGGCUGACUGGACUAGCAGUAUGCAAAAACCCGCACCACGAGCUGACAAUAGUGUACAAUAAAAUCUUGCGGGCACUUGCGAAGUUGCCGGAAAGCGCAGCUUACAGGCGCUACACGGAACAGAUCGUGAACGAGCGUCUCUCACUGGUUCAAAGCGAAAAGGACAUCGUGCAACUGGAAAAGCGCAUUGGGGCAGGACAGAUUGAGCAAGUGAUCAAGCAGGCUGAAGGUGAGCUGGUUCUGGCGAGGCGCAUGCUAAAUUGGAAGCCAUGGGAACCCCUGAUUGCAAAGUCGCCUGCUGGCCAGUGGAGCUGGCCACCCAAGUGAUGAGGAUGAUGAUGAGUAGCCACAGCCAGCCAUAGCUGCACGAUGACUUCUAGCAAGUCACUUCGUGUCUAAGAUGGCAACUGGAUGGAUAGCUUACUAAGGUGGCUUUCCUUGCAACCUUGUUUAAAGCUGUUUGCUUUGUGUCACUUAUAGUUAAGUAGAAUAAAUUAAUAUCAACCACUUCA